AGGAAAUGGUGUGAAAUGAUUGGUCAAAUUCACAGAGCGCGAAAACAAUUUUUAUUCUUCGGCUGACACACAAAAGAAGAGACGACCACGCGACCACCCAAGAUCAGGGCAAGAGGCGAAGCGAGCACAGCAAACAGGUGCAAACAGCAGCAGCAGCAAAGCAAGGCAAGAAGGAAGCAGCAGCAUGCCUCGCAAGAAGACCAAGGAGCAAGGGUCGCUGGGCAAGACCCUGAUUCGAAACCGGUUUCGAGGCCAGCGCACCGUCAACAACGAACGAUCGCUGAACCACACGUCGGACCUCGAUGACGGUGCAGACUGGGCUCGCCUCGGUGGCGUGUCCAUCACGGAGCAGAAUGCCCUGGAUGAGUUCCUCGCCACAGCCGAGCUUGCCGGCACAGAGUUUACGGCCCAGCGCCUCAAUGUGAAGCUGGUCACGGGCCUGCAAAACGAAGCCCUGCCGUCACGCGAGAAGCAGCUCGCGACUGCGCAGGCCCAGAGUGCGAACCGCAAGCGGCUCCGCGUUCCCCGCAGACCGGAGUGGACGCGCGACAUGCCAAAGGAGGAGCUUCACCUCAAGGAGCGGGAGAGCUUCCUUGAGUGGCGCCGCGGCCUUGCGCAGCUGGAGGAGAUGGAGAACAUCGUCAUGACGCCGUUUGAGCGAAACCUCGACUUUUGGCGCCAGUUCUGGCGCGUCGUGGAGCGGAGCGAUGUUGUGGUGCAGAUUGUGGAUGCGCGCAACCCGCUGCUGUUCCGCUGCCCAGACAUUGAGGAGUAUGUACGCGAAAUUAGCGCAAGCAAGAUCAACCUCCUCCUCAUCAACAAGGCCGAUCUCUUGACCGACGAGCAGCGGAACGAGUGGGCACAGUAUCUGACAAAGGCGAAGAUUGACUUUGUGUUCUUCUCUGCAGCUGUUGAGGCACACAAGAGCGAGCUCAAGGGCGAGUGGUACAUGCGGGGUCCGUAUCUGGAGAUGGCGCGACAGCAGCGCGAGGAGCGAGCACGACAGGAGGAGGAAGAAGAGAGGCGGAGGCUGGCAGAGGAGCAGGACGAUGAUGAUGAGGGUGAUGAUGAUGGUGAUGAUGAUGGUGAUGAUGAUGGUGGCGAUGAUGGUGGCGAUGAUAAGGACGAGGAAGAGAAGGAAGGCGCUGAAGUGAAGGAAGAGCAACAAGCGGGGACAGAGAAGGGCACUGUUGCUGUCGUGGAGACGCUUGCAGAAGACAAGAGCGCAACGGAAGAAGAGAAGCCAGCGGAUGAGACCCUUGAGGCUGAGGCGACGGCCACCGACGACAGCAACACCGAUGCAUCGACGACACACGCGUCGCCAUCGUCGUCCAGCGCACCGCAGCACAGCAGCAGAGAGGAUCCCAGCCGCCCCCCAACAGCGUUUGAGUUUCUCAACGCGUUUAGCUACGCCCGUGGUUUCAUGAACCCGCGUGGUCUUCCAGACACGAGCAGGGGCGCACGCAUCGUGCUCAAGGACUUUGUCAAGGGCAAGUUGCUGUACUGCCACCCACCGCCAGGAUACAAGUCAUCCCCAGGCACCACCACAUUCCUCACCUCUGAAACAUCGCGGCCAACGAAAGCGCGCGAGAUGGACGCAGCAGCCGUCGUCGGUCCAAAGCACCGUCCAACGUAUGCCAAUGAAGUUGACGAUCAGUUUUUCCGCCAGGCAGACGUCAAGGCGGUCAUCAAGGGAGUGCGCACCAGCUCGUCCAAUCAGCCCAUGCCCACCGGCAAGAAGCACCACAAGAAGAACAAGCGCGAGAAGCUGCGGCGCUUGGCAAAGAAGCCGUAACUGCUGUCCAUCGUCAACACAACAUCACGCUGCCUGUGGUCCCUCAUCUUGACACACUUCGACUUGAUAUUCAUCUUCCUCGUCUCCUCUCUCUUAAAGCCUCAACCGCUCGCAAUGACACGACGUGAGAUGACACAAUGAACAAGUGGGUAGGGUUGCUUUGUGGUUUAUUCCUCGGUCGCAACUCAUGAACGCACAACGGUCACGAGUGCCAGCGAGAAUACAAAGAAACCCCC